AUGCCGGGGCUUGAGUCGGCAGCUGCACCAUUAGAGGUGUCCGAUUUCAAAGCAUUGGACGCGGCCAAAGCAGCACUCCGGCCUAAGCUGUCUACAGCCCAGUCGUUUCCCACAGUUCUCCACUCCCUGCGUUUCCUGGAUGUGGCGGUGUCGGAGCCCGGCCCAGGGAUCCCUCAAUUCAUGGAGAUGGGAUACGUGGAUGGGAUCCCCAUCACACGCUACGACAGCGAACGGGGCCGAGCAGAGCCACUGACGCCGUGGAUGGCCGCCGGAGCUGAGCCGGGAUAUUGGGAUAGAGAGACCCAGCGCAAUGAGGGGACCCAGCUCAUUGAGACCACUAACUUGGAGAUAGCACGGGGCCGGUACAACCACAGCAGGGGUCUCCACACGUGGCAGACACUUUCUGGCUGUGACCUCCUGUCCGACGGGAGCGUCCGUGGAUCCUAUCAGUACAGCUACGACGGGCAGGAUUUCAUCUCCUUCGAGCUGGGAUCCAGGAGCUUCGUG